UUUGAACCAAAAGAAAGAAGACAAAAAUCAUGGAGGUCUGGUGCAUCCUUCUUGUCACUCUUUCCACGGCUGCUCUUCUCAAAGCCCUCAUCAACCUCUUGAUUCCCAAAAAGCUCCCCAACAACCUCCCCCCGGGCCCUUUUACAAUUCCCAUCAUCAGCAACAUUUUAUGGCUUUUCAAAGCAGGUCCAGACGUCGAGCUCAUUCUUCGGCCACUCCACGCCAAGUUGGGUCCUUUAGUAACACUUCACAUCGGCUCAGGCAUCGCCAUCUUUGUUUCUGAUCGCGCUCUUGCAUACCAAACUUUGGUCCAAAAUGGUGCAGUUUUCUCCGAUCGUCCGCGAUCUGGCCCUGUAGCCAGGAUAAAUAAUAGUAAUCAGCAUAAUAUUAACUCGGCUGCCUACGGCCCGACGUGGCGUCUCCUGCGCCGUAAUCUCACCGCUGAGAUCCUCCACCCUUCGCGUGUGAAAUCGUAUUCACACGCCCGGAGUUGGGUUCUGAACAUUCUGAUGGAUAGGCUGAAGUCCGAGGCAGCAAAAUCAGGUAAUCCUGUUAUCGUCAUGGACCAUUUUCGGUAUGGAAUGUUUUGCUUGUUAGUGCUAAUGUGUUUUGGGGACAAGCUAAAUGAGAAUCAGAUAAAGGAAAUCGAGGACGUUGAGCUUCGCUUUCUUUUCAAUGAUAGUAAGUUUCAAGUACUAAAUUUCUGGCCAAGUCUGAUGAAGAUUGUGUUACGCAAGCGAUGGCAGCUGUUUUUGAAGCUUCAACAGGACAAAGAAGCUGUGUUGGUUCCUCUGAUAAGGGCGCGAAAAAAGGCGAAAGAAGAGGGUUUAAAAGAUGCAGUCUUAUCUUAUGUGGAUACCUUAUUGGAUUUAGAGCUGCCAGAAGAGAAAAGAAAGGUAAAUGAAAAGGAAAUGGUGAGUCUGUGCUCUGAGUUUCUUGAUGCAGGAACCGAUACUACUGCCGCUGCCCUGCAGUGGGUAAUGGCUAAUUUGGUCAAGUACCCAGAUGUACAAGAGAAAUUGUUUAUGGAAAUUAAAGGAGUCGUGGGAGAAGGUGCGGUGGAGAUCGGAGAAGAUGAAUUGCAGAGGAUGCCGUAUCUUAAAGCAGUGAUUUUGGAAGGGUUGAGGCGUCACCCACCUUCACAUUUUGUAGUGCCACAUGCAGUUACAGAGGAUGUAGUGAUUGAUAAAUAUGUGAUACCCAAGAAUGCGAUUGUGAAUUUCAUGGUAGCAGAGAUGGGUUUGGACCCAAAGGUGUGGGAAGAUCCAAUGGGGUUCAAGCCAGAGAGGUUUAUGAGUAGUGAUGGUGAGGUGGUGUUUGAUAUAACGGGGAGUAAAGAGAUUAAGAUGAUGCCAUUUGGGGUUGGGAGGAGGAUGUGUCCUGGAUUUGGAUUGGCAAUGCUUCAUUUGGAGUAUUUUGUGGCAAAUUUGGUUUUGAAUUUUGAGUGGAAAGCUAAAGAUGGAGAUGAUGUUGAUUUGUCUGAGAAGCAAGAGUUCAUAAUGGUGAUGAAGAAUCCAUUGCAAGCCUACAUUUCCCCAAGGUCAAAAUAAAGAUAAAAGUACAAGUUUUUAAAGUUCAAAUUUAUUGAACUAUCUUGUUUGAAAUUGUGCUACAACUUCAAUUAGUGUGUGUAUUGUAAUGAGUUCAUGACGAUGAAUCAAUGAUAGAAAACUACUUCUGUAA